AUGGUUCCUCUAAGAAGGUUAAAGGUGCAUAAUCAGCACCCCAACGCAACGCGUCCAAUGUUGUCGGCUGACAUGAAAGCUUUUAUUGUUCGUGCUUUGUUAAUUGUGGUCAGUAUUUUGAUCAUGAUUCAGCUAUGGAUUUUCUCAAGUUUAAUUUAUUGGCGUACUCAUGAUGUAGAAACCACCAUGUUUAUGCGUUGGACAUAUCUGUCUGAUUUUGAGCCGAUUCAACAUCAAUGGCGCGACUAUGACAAGAUCAGUGAUAACUUUAAACAUGCAAUUGUCGCAGCUGAAGAUGCCAAAUUUCUCGAUCAUCAUGGUUUCGACUGGGAUGGUAUUGAAAAUGCACUACAACGUAAUCUUAAAAAAGACAAAGUAGUCGCCGGUGGUUCAACGAUCUCUCAACAAUUGGCUAAAAAUUUAUUCUUCUAUAAUCGUCGCUCAUUUAUUCGCAAAGGUCAGGAAGCGAUUGCCACCACCAUGAUGGAGCGGAUGUGGACUAAACAGCGCAUUUUAGAAGUCUAUAUGAACUCUGUUGAAUUUGGUGAUCAUAUCUAUGGUGUUGAAGCUGCAUCACAACAUUACUUUUCUAAGAGCGCGGCAAGUUUAAGUCGUGAACAGGCCGCAUUUUUAGCAGUGAUUUUAACCAAUCCGAAGUAUUAUCAAAAAAAUCGUGAUGAUUCUAAGCUUCAAUACCGUAAGCGUUUGGUUUUGAAGUAUAUGCGUUAUACCCGUAUUCCAGAUUGA